AUGUCCUUAAGCCGUUUAUCAACGCUUUUGGUAGUCGCGAUUAUUGUUUUCAAUCUUCAAAAUACACUGGGUAUUGAUCGAGAUGAUCUUGUAAUAGUCUUCGAAGAUUCAUUUGAUAGUGGACCUAGACUUAACGGUUCCAUAUGGAAUUCCGAUUAUCCAUGGGGAACAUUUUAUAACCAUCGAGCAAAUAUGGCCCGGCGCCAAGUAUCUAUAUCGAAUAAUCGAGUCAACUUGACAGCAAUUGCCAUGCGAUCAACAACUAUAACGAAUAUUGAUACAGCUGAUUAUGGUCUUGUCGAUCUAGAUUAUACAUCGGGCGCCAUUUAUAUGAAUAGUCGUAUCAGUUUAACUCGUGGCUUAGUUGUUAUACGUAUGCAAGCUCCGCCAGCAAAAAGUACUUGGCCAAUGAUAAUGCUCGUUCCAACUGAUGAAACUUUGCCCAUAUUAUCUAUGGACAUAUUUGAGGAUCGAAAAAAUAUUGGCUACUCUUUUCAAUAUACAUCUCCAUCUGGAUCACGUGCUUCAGUUAGUGGAACUGCACGUUCAUUGGGUGAUAAUAGUAAUGAUAUGCAUUCGUAUUCAAUCGAUUGGGGUUAUGACAAAGUCACAUUUUUCUACGAUAAUAUUACUUUAAGAUCAUUUGUUCAAUCAACUGAAUUGACACAAAUAACUGAAAUGAGAUUAGUUUUAGCAUUGGGUGUCGGUGGUCGAUCACCAUCGAUACCAUCAUUGAAUGCCACCGAUUAUCCACAAACUCUAUUAAUUGAUAGUGUAGAAAUGUGGUCACCAAAGUAUGAUGGUCGUUACACAAUAAUAAACCUCAAAUCUAAUUUAUCAGCUGAAGUUCAAUCUGGUCAAAUGCAAGAUCGUAUAUUAGUUGUACAAAACAAUUAUACAGGUGCUGCAUGGCAAACAUGGGAUAUAAAGUAUAUUGGCAAUAGUCAAUACAAAAUAAUCAAUGUUAAUAGUCGUAAAGUUCUCGAUGUUCAUGCUUGGCAAACAGAUGAUAAUGCAAAAGUAGUGCAAUAUACAUUUAACUUAAAAGAAAAUCAAAUUUGGCAUAUCAUGCAACAUGAUGAUCAGACUGUAUCGUUCGUUAAUGUUUGGUCACAAAAAGUGGCUUCAAUUCUCAAUGGUUCUGCACAAGCAGGUGUACAAAUGGUACAACGAACAUUUGAUAAUGGAUUAGAUCAGAAAUGGAAAGUGACACGAUUGAAUUGA